AAGCAGGUGAGUGAGGUGUGAGAGGUGAGACUGUCUGAGCAGUGAGCACAAAGCUAAUAUCUCGGAUUGUAUUACACCCUUAAAAAUUUUGUCGCAAAACUCAUUAUUCAAUACCAAAUUAUUUUCCGUCAAAAAAUACUGUGAGAGGCAAAUACCAUAUCUACAGAAUGGGUGAUCUAAGCGACAAAGAAUUGACACUAUGCAAGGAUGUAUUCUCCCUGUAUGAUACAACGGGAACGGACAAGAUAGCGCUUAGUUCAAUGGGCGAAGCAUUACGAGCGAUGAAAACAAACCCGACUGAGAGUGAUAUUCAGAAGAUAACGAAGGAUUUCAAAUCAAAUGAAAUAAGUUUUGAUCAGUUUCUACCAGUGUACAGUUCAUUGAAGCAACAUCAAGAUCAACUUGGGCAUAAAGGAACUCCUGAAGGCAUCAUUGAAUGUUUUCGCCACUUCGAUCGCGACUUGAACGGCGUGAUUUCCUCAGGCGAACUUCGGAAUCUUUUGACAACGCUUGGAGAGAAAUUGAGUGACGAAGAAUUUGAUAGUCUAACUUCGGGUUACAUCAACAAUAAAGGCGAGGUCUCCUAUGAAGAGUUCGUUCGUGGUGUAAUGGAAAUGUAGACCAUGGAAUAGCUAGACUGCUGUUUAGUUUGUACAAUUAACCGUCACAAAGACUGAACACAGAAUAACAAUGUUUUUAAGUUUAAACAAUUGUCCAGGUUUUAUAUAGGAAUAUUAGACAACACUAUGUAAAAUUAACAUGUCUUACACUUAUAUUUUGUAAACUGUAAGAGCAACAACAGAUUGUCAUUGUUUUAUCCCACUAUUCAUACAAUUAUAACAUUUUUAUCUAUGACUGUACAUAAGGACUUUUUAUUAUAAUGACUUAUUAUUGUGUACUUCUUAGUUCGUUGUCAUCCUUUGUUGAAGAUUUUACCGUUUUAGCUAACAAGUUUUUAGAGUAAAUAUCAGUUUUUUUUCGGUUUAGGAUGAGGGUAAAUUGAAAACUCUAUUACUUAAUUGAAAUAAAUGCGAGAUUUGUCAGAAUGUUUA